CAGUUGUAUUUGGUUGCAUGGUUACGAAGAAGAAAACCAUCCUUAUUAAUCAGAACAAACAUCCAUGGAGCUUCCAACUGUUGGAGACCAUUGCACUUUUGCAUCCUGUCAGAGCCUUGACUUUCUACCGUUCGAAUGUGUAUUCUGCCAUAGUACUUUUUGCUCUGCUCACCGCUUACCACAAAGUCAUGUCUGCGAAGGAUGGUUGAAGGAGUCUCAGGCUAAUUCAGUCCAACAGUGUCCACAAUGUGAAAAGAUGGUUCUGACAGCCAAGCAACAGGAUCCAGCGACCAUUCUCAAAGAACACCAGGAAAGCGGCUGUCGCAUUCAUCUCCUUCCACCUGUUCAAUCUAUAGCUGUCCUCUGUGCUCAACCUGGUUGUCGUGUUAAAAGUCGAGUGGUCCAUACAUGUACAUGUACACCAGGAGGAGAAGUAGGAGGAGGAGGAGGAGGGGGAUGUGGACAAACAUUUUGUUUAGCACAUCGACACCCUCAUGAACACGACUGUCCGAAACUGAAGGAACUUGAACAAGAAGCCAUUGCGAAACAACAAAGGAAACAGAGACUCAAAGCGAGUAUUCAAGAGACAUUUGAGAACAAGGUGUCCUCCUCCUCCUCCUCAUCAUCAUCAUCAUUAUCAUUAUCAUCAGGAGUAACAUCGGCAUCAGCACCAGCGCCAGCACUAUUAGUGAACGAGGAGAGUAGGAAUGAGAGAGCGGAAGCGACUAAAAAGACAAUUGCAGAGGCUAAAGCAAAACUUGCAGCAAGAAAAGCGGCUGCUGCCUCUACUACAACUACCACUACUUCUUCCACUACUGCUACUGCCACUGCCACUACUGCUGCUGCUGCUGCUGCUGCUUCGAGAUCGGCAGAUGAGAACAAAAUCCUAUCAUCAGCAGGAUCAUCCACAGCAACUAAACCAAAGGCUAAAAAAGCCCCACGGAUGGUAUCAGUUUUAAAAUUGAAAAAAUCGGCACAGGGUGAAGACAAGAUCCCACUUAACUCGAGACUAUACCUCCAUAUUCGAUCGCCUCUAUAUCCACAGCUGAAUGACAAGGCAGUGUUUGUGGACAAAACAUGGACAGUAGGCAGAUCGCUUGAUAAAAUCACAGAGUGGUUCAAGAUUACACCACCUAUGAAUAUGCAUCAGUCCUUUGAUGCCACCAAGAGAUUCAGCAUAUUUCAUGCCAAAGAGCCAGAAGAUGUACCCAAACGACUUGCCAUGCAGGAUCGCCUACAGCAGCUGCCGAGCGUUGAAAGUGGUGAUACAGUCUACUUGGCUCCUGCAGACUGGGAUUAUUCAGACCUCUAGUAUAUAGAUGUAGCCACUAAAUAUUUCUCUAUAAACACACCAGUCUUCUCAAG